UAACAGUUACAUUUACACUUACAAGCGCAACCCUAACUUCAUUUGCACAAUGCGCUAGGUUCCGCUCCAAGAAUCUCCUUCUUGUAUUUGUAUAAACAGCACGAUUUGAUGAGUCGCUUUUUCAGUUGACGCUAUGGGUGAGGGUGAGAGUGAGAGUGAGAGUCGAUUGGAUGUUUCAGAGGAGAGCGAGAGCCCUCGACGAUCUCUGAGCAUGCAGUUCUCUUCGCUGAUGAUCGUCGAUCGCAAUUUCUCCUACGGCAGGCUUCCUUCCGAACCCCUCAGGCUCUCCGUCCACAAAUUGGAUGCCUCUUCCUUCUAUGUUGAAGUUGCAAAGACAGCAACUGUUGCAGAACUCAAGCAGGCAGUAGAGGCAGCUUUUAGUCACAUGCCUCAGAAGGGGCCAGGGAAAAUAUCAUGGCCACACGUUUGGGGGCAAUUUUGCUUAUGCUAUAAUGGACACAAGCUAGUUACUGAAACGGAUUAUCUCAGAGAUCAUGGCAUCAAGGAUGGUGACCAGCUUCAUUUCGUGCGCCAUGUAUCCAACACUUGCAGUUCUCAAAAAAAGCGAUUGAAGAAAAGACUUAACAAUUUGAAACAACACCGGAGGUCAUCGUCACAAGCGAAUAGAUAUCAACAGAAAGAUUAUAGUCAUGAUGAUGAUAUUGGUUUGGAUGGUAUAAUCAUAGAGAAUGGGAAGAUCCAGAAUUGCAAUGCAGAAGAAAAUCGCGUUGGAAAGAGCAGAUUAACUGGCUUUUUGGGAGGUUUGUUCUCAGACACUCGGCUGGCAGUUGUGAGAAGAGCUAGAAUGGAAGGCGGGAUUUGCCCCUCAAUGAUUGCCAGAGGUAUAGUGAGCGGUUUUAGGGAAAUUAGAAAAAAUUUAUGCUGCGGUAGGCAGCACUUCCCUCCGAGACACACAAGGAGAGAGUAUUUUUAAGAGUUCACAUUUUAAUGAUUUUAUUCUCUAGUCUGUACACACUCUGUUAACAGAUUUUUCAACCUUGCUUUGGUUCCUUUAGUAGGAUAGACUGUAGUAGUAUCGUUCUUCGACAA